AUUUAUAUGGCACUUCGCUGCAAACACAAAGUCACCAUCAACCACAUAUUUCUAUUGCGCUCGUCUUGGUCGCAUUAGUUGUAUCAAUUCGAACAUAGUUAAUUGCAAUCAUUUUUCGAUGUUUGCAUCGUCGUCAAGAGUCAUUUGAAGUUCAUAGUCGACCUUCUCUUGAGCUUAGACAAUUUCACCCAUCCACUUCUCCUUCGCCCAUCGUCAUCAAUUAAAAAAAAGAGCCCACCCUGCACUUUAAACUGAGCAGUUCAACUGACAGUGAUUGCGCGCAACAGCUUCGUUAACCACAACGUCGUUAUCCAAUUACUUCCAAACUUUUUCAAGCACCUAUCCAUAAUGCCUAAGGAAACCACCAAGCGCGGCAAGACCGGCAAGGUCGAGAAGCGCAAGGGAAAGAAGGACCCCAACGCACCCAAGCGUGGUCUUUCAGCCUACAUGUUCUUCGCCAACGAGCAACGAGAGAACGUCCGUGACGAGAACCCCGGUAUCUCGUUCGGUCAAGUUGGCAAGAUCUUGGGUGAGCGAUGGAAGGCUCUCAACGACAAGCAGCGUGCCCCGUACGAGGCCAAGGCUGCUGCCGACAAGAAGCGAUACGAGGACGAGAAGCAAGCCUACCAGGCCGAAUCCGAUUAGGCUGCUGGCGAAGAAGAGAGUGAAUAGAAGCAACUCAUCUCAGAUCUUCCUAUUGAUCGUAGUCGUUAUGAGGGUUCACGAUGAGAUGACGAAAUGGUCAUCGGCCCCAGGAAGCCUUGACCGUAGGGGAUUCACAAGUUUCCUUUCGAGUCUAAUGCGUAUGGUAUCGGUCGGUGUUGAAGCACAGGGAAAGGGACAUUGUGCUUUGGAUUUCUCAACAUUGUUUUUUCACUGACGGCUGGACCAGGGUUCGGGGAUUACUCUGGUCUGGUGGAGUUGUCGCUUGCAAGGGCUAUUGAAGCUAUGAAGCGCCAAGUACGAAAGCAUUAAAUCAGCGCUUCUCGACAACACAAUGUACAAUAGUUUGCUCUUGCAAUUUACGCAGCACGUUGUCUGCAUUCGUACUAUGUUGUUGUAUUCUGGUUUCAUUACCAACUGGGACUUGAAGUGAAUCGAUAAUUGCGUUUAGAACUAAGGUACGGAUAUAAUUCCAC